UUCCUGGGAGCAGAUGACUUUGCCUCUGGCUCUUUACUUUGUUCUGUUUUCAAAGUUGUCCCCAAUUCCAUGAUGCGGCCGUCGGAAAACUUGAACGAGAUGGGUGCAUCUGAGUUGUCCAACCUGACCCUCCACCUGGAGGGCUCUCUGACUAGUGCUCUGGGUCAGUACCUGGACAACUGGCGGCGUAACAUGACAGCUGCAAGCAGCGCUUUGGACAAGACUCUGGCUGAUGAGAACUUCAAGAACGUUAUCUCGUAUCUGGCGGUGAUGAUUGGCAUGUUCGCCUUUGUUGUCGUGGCCAUGCUGGUGAGCACAGUCAAAUCCAAGAGGAGAGAGCACUCUAAUGACCCCUACCACCAAUACAUCAAACAGGACUGGACUGCCCAGUUACAACAGGAUGACGUCUACACUAACUUUGGUGCUGGAUAAUGCAAUUAAAUACACAUUACUCACAGCAGAUCAUCACUAUCAGGGGCAGCAGCAGCAGGACUAUAGAGAAGUAAUUUAUUUGAAAUAAUUAGUAUUACAAUAAUUAGAAAUUAAUGAAAAGUAUUGUGUCCAGAACAUAUUUAAAUUAAAUAUGAUUUUUUUUCUUUCUAUUUAGCUGCUUCAGUUAUAGGGUCUUCUUGUCCUUCAUGCUGGUGUCAUUUUGUCAUGAUUUACUGUGACACUUAAUGCUAUAGUACCAUGUCUGCUGUAAAA